AUGCCUUUCGAUUCAAAAAACGCCGAGGCAACCUACCAACGAGCUAUGCCUCUAGUGUUCCAUGACAUGUUGCAUCAUGAAGUGGAAGUAUAUGUGGAUGAUCUGGUGGUCAAGUCUACUAAGGCAAACCGAGACCUCUAUGACUUGGAAAAAGUUUUUCAGCGUUGCCACAAAUUCUGCCUAAAGAUGAACCCUCUCAAGUGUGCCUUUGGUAUUACCACCGGCAAGUUCAUUAGCUUCCUUGUACACCAAUGGGGGAUCGAAGUACAUGGGGAUAAGAUCAAGUCAAUCAUGGAGAUGUCACCGCCACACUCUCAAAAGGCCUUGAAGAAAUUCCUAGGUAAAGUGUCAUACCUCAAGAGGUUCAUUCUAGCCCUUGCAGAGAUAACCUUUUCCUUUGGGACACUGCUGAAAGAGAAUCACAAGUUUGAAUGGUUGCAAGAACACCAACAUGCGUUUGAUAUGGCAAAGAAAACACUUACCUCUCCACUUACAAUGAUUGCUCCACAACCCGGAAAGCCCCUGCUAUUGUACCUGACCUCUAUACCUCGGUCUAUUGGAGCUCUACUUGUCCAAGACAUAGAUGGCAUUGAGAAGCCAGUCUAUUACAUCAGUCGCAAAGUCAUUGGUGCCGAGUCGCGAUAUACCCCAAUUGAGAGGCAUUGUUUAGCCUUAAUCUUUACAGCGCAGAAGUUGUGCCACUAUUUCUUGGCACACCCGAUCCAGGUUGUGACCCGGAGUGAUCCAGUACGCUACUUGCUGAGCAAGCCCGCUCUAACUGGAAGAAUGGUAAGAUGGCUCUUGGCUCUAGCAGAAUAUGACAUCACUUGUGUUACUCCCAAGACCAUUAAGAGCCAAGCACUUGCAGACUUACUGGUCCAAUUCCCAUCUGGUGAACAUGAACCUGUAGAGGUACCUCUACCAGGUGAGGUCCAUGUCUCAGUAGCUGUAGUUGAGACUUAUUGGGACUUAAAAUUUGAUGGAACUUCCGAAGUUGGGAAAGGUGGAGCUGGCAUAACACUAACCAGUCAAGAAGGAGAGAAGUUUCAGCCUCUGUUGGCCCCAUAUCGCACCAUCAUUCAAAGGCAAGGGUAUUACUGGCCAGAGAUAAAAAAAGAAAGUACUGGGUUGCAAAGACAAUGUGCAAAGUGUCAGUCUCAUCCUAAGAAAGAGGAAGCCCAUUUCUUAAGCAGUGAAGAAUGGAGGCAGCCAUAUAUUGACUACUAUGGAAAUGGCACACCACCUGAGAACAAAGUCGAUGCAAUUAGAGUUAAGAGACGGGCCCUCCGCUUUUUCCUUGACCAAGGCAAGCUGUACCGAAGAAGCUUCGAAAGGGAACCUUUGGCGUGUUUAUCAAAAGAUGAGGCAAAUGAGGUGUUGAGAGAAGCCCACAAGACAGAGCAUCAAGGAGGGCAACGAUUACAUAGACACCUUAUUCACCUCGGUUACUACUGGCCGACAAUAGAAGAAGAUGCUAAAAACUUUGUGAGGAGAUGCCAAUCUUGCCAAAAGUUUGGGAACUUGAUACAUGCACCGGAGGUUGAGCUGCACAAUAUCAAGACCCCUUACCCAUUUCAUACUUGGGCAUUUGACCUGGUAGGUCCUAUAGUGCAACAAUCCAAAGGCCACAGAUGGAUACUUGCAGCGACUGAAGUUAGUACCAAGUGGGUAGAGGCUAUACCGAUGAGGAAGGCAAACGGGGCAGGAGUAGCCAACUUCAUCAAAGAAAACGUAAUCUGUAGGUUUGGCAUACCCAAAGUAAUACUGUCUGAUAAUGGAACUCUUUUUGUAAAUAGCCAUGUGGGAAGACUGUUGAACGCCUAG